CUGUCUGACUCACGCGCAUACGUUUUAUUUCUCACGCACGCGCAAGAGAGGACAAACAGUCAUGGCGGCGGCGGAGAAAUCCACGAAAGAGAAGCUUUUAUCCACUCUGGAUGAUAUUGAAGUUUUAUCCAGAGAGCUGAUAGAGAUGCUGGCGCUGGCCAGGACACAGAAACUGCCCCAGCCUGGAGAGGACACUGAGAUACUGGAGCUGCUGGUGCAGAGAGAUAGAGAGUUCCAGGAGCUGAUGCAGACGGCGGUGGAGCAGGGCAAAGUGCACCAGGAGAUGCAGGCACUGGAGAAGGAAGUCGAGAAGAGAGACAGCGAUAUCCAGCAGCUCCAGAAACAGCUCAAAGAGGCUGAGCAUAUACUGGCCACUGCUGUCUACCAAGCCAAAGAAAAACUGAAGUCUAUUGAAAAGGCCAGAAAAGGGAGUAUCUCUUCAGAGGAGAUCAUCAAAUACGCUCACAGGAUCAGUGCCAGUAAUGCAGUGUGCGCUCCUCUCAACUGGCUUCCAGGUGAUCCCCGCAGGCCGUACCCCACUGAUCUGGAGAUGCGCAGUGGAAUACUGGGUAACAUGAGCAACAUGUCCACCAACGGAGUGAACGGGCACCUGCCUGGAGACGCAUUGGCUGCUGGGAGAUUACCAGAUAUUCUAACCCCACAGUAUCCCUGGCAGUCCGCUGAUGUUUCCAUGGGGAUUCUGCCUCCUCACCAUGGCAACGAUUUUGGCCUGGAGCCACCUGGUCAUAACAAGGAAAAUGAAGAUGAUGUUGAGGCCAUGUCAACCGAUUCCUCCAGCAGCAGCAGUGACUCAGACUGAGUGUGUGUGUGUGUGACCGCAGUAACUUGAGUUUGUCUAACUGAACAGCCUGAAAGUGUAUUGUGUGCAUCAUGUUUCUGUGAUUGUGGACUUCCAGGUGGCUACAUAUACUGCUUUCAGGAGGACCAAACCUAUACAGGUCCUCUUUUCAGCAAAGCUUCAUUUGGCUGGAUGUGUUUUACAAAUAUGCUUGUUUUUUCACUCUCCAGAUGCCUGCAGUCAUCAUUUGUUUGUGUAGAUUCAUCCCACUGGCCUCUAAUGUCACCAAUGCAUUAUUUUCAUUGUGUGAAGAGUGACUGGCUCAUUGGCAAUUAUUUGUUAUCUAGUGAAGCGUUACAGUUUCUGGUUUACCGCUGAAAUAUAAAUAGCAAUGUAAAUAC